AUGGGAAGUCUCGAUCGCGUCGGCGUCGUCUCGCUCCUCGUGUGCUUGCUUCUCUUUCCUUGCGCCGUCGCCUUCUACCUUCCCGGCGUCGCUCCCCGCGAUUUUCGCAAGGUAUGUUUUGCUCCUGCUCCUCUCUCUUUUUUGUCGUUAGGGUUUGGAUCUGAGCGGAGUGAAUAGAGCAUAUAUUUCCUUUCAUUUUCUCUUCUCGUUUUUCUUGUUGAGAUCUGCUGUUUGAUAUGCGUUACGUCGUGUAUUUUUCUUGGUAUCCGCUUCUUGAGAGUCAUCUAUUGUUUAAUCUAUAUGAAAUUGGAGCUUCUAGAAGCAGUAUGCAAGAUUCAGUUCAGAAAAGAGUCAUAUUGCCUUUGAUAUUGCUCUUCGAAUUUGGAUCUCGGUAAUUGAUUGCCAGGUCUGGAGUAAAUCUACCGGAUCUGUACCUCAUGCACGUUUCGAGGGUAGUCUGGAUAUCCAUAUAUUCGUAACUUUUGAAAAAUUCCUUGAGAAACGAAUCUGUCCCGAUAUGUUUUGUAAGUGGCUGUAUUUGGUCAAAUAGUAGACUCCUUUAUUUGGAUAUGAGAUUGUGAGAGUGACUGCGCCUUGAGAUCAUCAUGUGCGGUUUUGGAUCUGAUCUUGCGCAUGUUCAGUCAGUCACUUCAAUUUACGUUCUAGUUUCACUUGUCACAUAGUUUCAAUUCUUCUACUUUUUCUCUAACGCUGCCUUUUUUAAGUUCAUGGAAUUUUAUAUCAGCUGUAUGAGGAUGAUUUUUUGUCUUUUCUUUUUAGUGUUCUUCGUAUUCAGUUUAUUCUCCCUUGUUAAGGAGCCCACCAGCAAAGUAAUGUUGCGUGAUAUUCAGAAAAUCCAUUCUCUAUGUUUUCUUCUGCCCCAUUUUUGGCGUCAUGCUGCUGCGUUCAUUUUUUAGGAUUUCUCCCAAACAGAAAACUUGAUUAAACAGCCUUUUGUAAUAUUUUAGAAUAUGCCAUUAGCAAUGACGGUGCAUUUGCUAGAUUUAGAGGAUUUAUUGCUGAGAUGUGUAUGUAUUGGCUGUUUAGCGUGUUUAGUGGUUUCCCUUGAAUUAUGGGCUUUGUUUAGUGAUUCUUGCUCAAUAUGCAGGAUGAUGAGCUUCUGGUGAAAGUAAACAAGCUUUCAUCUACAAAAACACAGCUCCCAUACGAUUAUUAUUUUCUGGAUUAUUGCAAGCCAUCAAAAAUCAUGAACAGUGCUGAGAAUUUGGGUGAGGUUUUACGUGGAGAUCGCAUUGAAAAUUCAAUCUACACAGUAAGGCAUCACUCCUUAUCUGCAUUAUGAUUAAAGGCAAUUUACUUUGUCAAUCCUUCAUUUGCCUAAGAUUUUUCGUGUGGCAGUUUAAAAUGCAAUCUAAUGAAGUGUGCAAGGUAGCAUGUCGUGUAAAGCUUAAUGCUGAAGCUGCAAAGAAUUUUAAGGAGAAAAUCGAUGAGGAAUACAGGGUGAAUAUGUAAGACGUCAUUUUUCUUAUCGUGCCAUAUUAUAGAGUGUUUUUUUGUGUGUAUUUUAUCCGUUCUAAUGAAGUUGCCGCCACUAUCUAUAUGCUUAUAGUUGAAGAUGUUCCUUCUGGGGUAUUGAUAGUAUUUAACGUGUGUGCAGGAUUUUAGAUAAUCUUCCAGUGGCCGUUGCAAGGCAGAGGAGAGAUGGCAUUCAUGCGAAAAGUUAUGAACAUGGUUUUCGUGUGGGUUUUAAAGGCUCUCCUGCUGUAAGUCGCUUCUACAUUUUUACGUCACGUUUUAGUGGGAAUUCUUCAGCAACCUGACUUCUUCCGUGAUUGCAGAGUAAAGAUGAGAAGUAUUACAUUAAUAAUCAUCUCAGCUUUAAGGUCAUGUUUCAUGAAGAUCAGGAGUCUGGAACAGCUCGCAUUGUUGGUUUUGAGGUUUUCCCACUCAGGUAAUUUCACCUUUAAUUGAAGCCUUCGUUUCCUUUCAGUGUAGUCUGUCGGUUUUCCAUUCAUAUUUAUGGCAAUAUUAUUUAUUUUUGGCUACCUUUUCCUUCAACCAUCGUCUCAUCUGACGACGAACAAAGAUUGCAUUCGAUUUUCGCCCAAUUUAUGGGGAAGCGUAGAUACAUGUAGCAUUGACUGUUCAUCAUUUUGUCUGUGAAGUAGGCAGUCCCCCUCUUAUUUAUGUGCUUCUUUAUAAAGAGGUUCCACGUAUUCAGCACCUUUUUCGCACUUGUACGUGGCAAGGUUUUCAAGUGGUUUUGGUUGCUGUGGUAUUUGCGCGUAGAUAACCUAAUGAAGACUGCAUGUGUUCUAUACUUUCAUUUGCAGAUGAUUAAAUCUUUUUUUUGGGGAUAUUCUCGUGUACAUCACUCCCAAGUAUGCGGUGGAGUUUAUUUCUUUAUUAGUCUCUAUGUUUCUUAUUUAUUUGAUUUAGGAAGCAAGAUGACUACUAAAAACUGCACUCAUUGAUUUAGUCUCUAUGUUGGCAGAGCACUUGGUAGAGUUCGAUAUUUAAAAAUUAAUAAUAAAUUUUAUGCACUCUUAGAUGAAUUCUGGAAGAGCAAAUAUCUGCAUUGCAUGGGAUCAUUGAAUGCAAUAACCCAGAACCUCAUGCUAUAUCUGUGACUGUCCAAGAGCCAGUGAUCCAUAAAGGAGAAUGUUCAUGGCGUAGGUCACGUCUGUGUGUUCUCUUGAUGUGCAUUAACGUGAUCUGGUGAUUUCUUCUUUGCAUUGCUCAGGUUGUCUUCGUUGGGUGCUCUCUUUUUGAUUUCUCGGGAAAAUACUCCAGGCCAUGUUAUCAUUUUACGAAUGGAUAAAAGCAUCUGUUGUUAUCUAUCGGCCCGCUUUGAAAUUUUUCUUGGCAAUCUAUUUCGCGUACCGCUUGUUGUUUUGGAUGCUCCUUUUGACGUCCUCUAUUUUUCAUCUGUUUCUUUGGAACAGUGUUAGUCAUGAAUACAGGGAGUGGGAUAACAAGGACCCCAAAUUGACGACCUGCAACCCAAACACCAAGGGCGUUCCCAAUGGUCUCGCACGCCAAGAAGUGGACGCAGAAAAAGAGGUUGUCUUCACGUACGACGUCACCUUCGAGGUACCCCCUCUGCACUUAUGACUCCCUAAAAAACCCUUAUCCUCUCCCCCUCCGUUCUCUAACUCGAGUUGGCACCUCAGACGAGCGAGAUCAAGUGGGCAUCGCGCUGGGACACCUAUCUCCUCAUGAACGACGAUCAGAUCCACUGGUUCUCCAUCAUCAACUCCCUGAUGAUCGUCCUCUUCUUAUCCGGGAUGGUGGCCAUGAUCAUGAUGAGAACUCUAUACAAGGACAUCGCCAACUACAACCAGCUGGAGACUCAGGAGGAAGCCCAGGAGGAGACGGGCUGGAAGCUCGUCCACGGGGACGUCUUCAGGCCCCCCGUCAACUCCGGGCUUCUGUGCGUCUACGUGGGCACCGGCGUCCAGUUCUUCGCCAUGACCCUCGUCACCAUGAUCUUCGCCCUCCUGGGCUUCCUCUCCCCGUCCAACCGCGGGGGCCUGAUGACAGCCAUGGUCCUUCUCUGGGUAUUCAUGGGCCUCUUCGCCGGCUACUCCUCGGCUCGCCUCUACAAGAUGUUCAAGGGCGGCGAGUGGAAGAAGAACACCUUGAAGACGGCCUUCAUGUUCCCGGGCAUCGCCUUCGCGGUGUUCUUCGUGCUGAACGCCAUCAUCUGGGGGGAGCAGUCCUCCGGCGCCGUGCCCUUCGGGACCAUGUUCGCGCUCGUGUUCCUCUGGUUCGGCAUCUCUGUGCCGCUGGUCUUCGUGGGCAGUUACCUGGGCUACAAGAAGCCGGCCAUCGAGGACCCGGUGAAGACCAACAAGAUCCCCAGGCAGGUGCCGGAGCAGGCAUGGUACAUGCAACCCGCCUUCUCGAUCCUGAUCGGCAGCAUCCUCCCGUUCGGCGCCGUCUUCAUCGAGCUCUUCUUCAUCCUGACCUCCAUCUGGCUGAACCAGUUCUACUACAUCUUCGGCUUCCUCUUCAUCGUGUUCGUGAUCCUCAUCAUCACCUGCGCGGAGAUCACCAUCGUGCUGUGCUACUUCCAGCUGUGCAGCGAGGACUACCACUGGUGGUGGAGGGCCUACCUGACCGCCGGCUCCUCCGCCUUCUACUUGUUCCUCUACUCGGCCUUCUACUUCUUCACCAAGCUGGAGAUCACCAAGGUCGUCUCCGGGGUCCUCUACUUCGGCUACAUGCUCAUCGUCUCCUACGCCUUCUUCAUGCUCACGGGCACCAUCGGCUUCUACGCCUGCUUCUGGUUCGUCCGCAAGAUCUACUCCUCCGUCAAGAUCGACUAG